AUGUGUGAAACAUUAUUGAUAAAAGACUUUGAAAGGUUACAAAAUUUACAUCCUGGAGGAGUUCCAACGCAUUCAAAACAAUUAAAUUUGCAAGAGCCACAACUAGCGGUGCAUACAUUGCUACAUUCGCCAGUGCACGAUUGGACCGAAGUGCAACGAGGUGUGUCAUCGCAUUCACUAGCAGUGCAUUGGCAAGCUCCACAAGUAAACUGA